AAAAUGAGGUUCGCACAUUUGAGAAAGUAUCAGACAGCUUUCAGUCUUCAUUGUGAUUAAAUCUCAAGUCCCACAAAGCUCAAACCAUCUCAAAGACAAUGAUGUUCAAAUUUGUGAUCCUUUUCUGCAUGGUUGUCGUAGCAGUCGCUAAACCUGGAGUACUUUCUUCAUCAGUGGGUAUCGCUGCCGAACCUACCAUUGUAUCUGCAGCUCCAUCAAUUGUACGAGUAUCUGCCCCAGCAGUUGCUGUAACUGAAUCCAAGACAAUUCCAAUUCCAAUUUCUUUGAAUACAAUUGGGGCACUUAGCUCUCCAGUAAUCCUUAACAACGGUUUAUUGUCUAAUGGACUGAUCUCCAAUGGAUUAGGACUAGUAUCUGGAGGACUUUUGUCAAAUGGACUCGUUUCAAAUGGAUUAGUGUCGAAUGGGCUAGUAUCUGGAGGACUCUUGGCAAAUGGACUUGUUUCGAAUGGACUCGUGUCAAACGGAAUCGUGUCGAAUGGACUCGUGUCGAAUGGACUUUUAUCUGGUGGACUUGUAACCAGUGGACUUGUCUCAAAUCAAAUCUUACCUAGUGAACUCAUCUCUGGCAAUUUAGUUUCUGGAGGAAUUAUCAGUUCUGGCAAACAGUUAUUGUCUGGAAGCUUAGCCACAAAUGGAGUGGUUAAGAGUGAGUUGAUUCGUUAAGAAAAACUUUGGU